AUGUUGUCGUCUCGUUUAAGGUUACAGCCAAAAACCACGUCUUUAGUAAAUAAUAUUUAUGAACGUAUUUGGAAAAUAAAUCGAUCCUUUUCUACAUCACACCCCUCAUUACAACCUGCUUCACCGAUUGAUCCUCUGAAAAGUUUUCGUACAACUCCUCUUUUCAUAAAUGGAAAAUUUGUUGAAUCAAUUACUAACAAUUGGAUUCCUGUUCAUAAUCCUGCAAACAACGAACUAGUAACUCUUAUUCCGGAAACUACGCCGCAAGAAUUGAAUGACGCGGCAGAAACAGCCGCCGAAGCAUUUAAAUCUUGGCGAAAGUCUUCAAUUCUCACAAGACAACGCAUAUUAUUAGACUUACAACUCUUAAUCCGUGAAAACACUGAUAAAAUAGCAAAGUCCAUCACUGAAGAACAAGGUAAAACUCUCGCUGACGCAAAAGGUGACGUGUUGCGUGGUAGACAAGUAGUAGAGCAUGCGUGUGGUAUUACGAAUUUAUUGUUGGGUGAACAAUUAGCUGUAUCUAAUGAUAUGGAUACAUAUACUAUAAGAGAACCAUUAGGUGUUACUGCUGGUAUUUGUCCAUUUAAUUUUCCGGCAAUGAUACCAUUAUGGAUGUUUCCUUUAUCUAUUGCUGCCGGAAAUACAAUGAUUAUUAAGCCAAGUGAGCGUGACCCUGGUGCUAUGAUGAUACUUGCUCAAUUGGCUAAAGAAGCUGGUGUUCCAGAUGGUGUUCUAAAUGUUGUUCAUGGAUCUGUUGAAACCGUGAAUUUCUUAUGCGAUAAUGAACAUAUUAAAGCAAUAUCUUUUGUUGGAAGUGAUAAAGCUGGAAAGUAUAUUCACAAACGAGGCACUUUAAACGGAAAGAGAGUACAGGCAAAUUUAGGUGCAAAAAAUCACGGUGUCAUAAUGCCAGAUGCCAAUAAGAAUCAUACUUUAAACCAAUUGGCUGGUGCUGCUUUUGGUGCCGCGGGGCAGCGUUGUAUGGCGUUAUCCACCGUUGUUUUUGUAGGCGAAGCAGAAGAAUGGCUUCCCGAACUUGUGGAGCGCGCAAAAAAACUCAAAGUAUCUGGAGGAUUCGAACCAGAUGUUGAUGUUGGACCCUUGAUUUCUCGCGAAGCAAAAGGACGUGUCGAACGGUUAAUUCAAAGUGGGGUCGAACAGGGAGCUAAAUUAGUAUUGGAUGGUCGUAAUCCAAGUGUUUCUAAAGAAUAUAAAAAUGGAAAUUUUGUUGGGCCAACAAUCUUGUCCAAGGUAACUACAGAAAUGGAUUGUUACAAGGAAGAAAUAUUUGGACCUGUUCUUGUUUGUUUAAAUGUUGAUACACUAGAUGAAGCCAUUGAUUUGAUCAAUAAAAAUCCUUAUGGAAAUGGAACGGCUAUUUUUACAAAUAGUGGUAGUAACGCUCGUUAUUUCACAAAUAAUAUUGAAGCCGGACAAAUUGGCGUUAAUGUGCCUAUUCCUGUCCCUUUACCAAUGUUUUCAUUUACUGGUAACCGCGCUUCUAUCCAGGGUGAUAUCAAUUUUUAUGGAAAAUCCGGGUUGCAAUUUUAUACACAAACUAAAACAGUUACUUCUUUAUGGAGACAUGAAGAUGUAAAUCAUACUAAGUCUGCCGUCAAUAUGCCUACAAUGCGAUAAAGAUAAUAAAAAUUAUUUAUUUAAUUUUUUUUUACACAAAAUCACAAAAUUGGUAGUUUUAGCGAUCAGAUCGACAGAUCUAUCUAAUAUAUCAAAUGAAUUCUUAAUACUUUAUCUUAUAAGAAGUAACCCGACUUUUUUAAAUAAUUGAUGCCAUAUUUGUCAAGCUCAAUGUAAAUUAUUUCAUGCAUUCCAUACUCUCUUAACAACUUCAGUCAAACCUACAUCAUUUGUAUUGAAUUCAUAACAACCGUAAAGAACAAUAAUAGUGGCUCCUCUCAAACCCCACGUUGUUAUCUUAUUCAA